AUGCUCCAAAAUAUAGACGAUAACGUACCUAAUUUAGAAAAUGUUGUUAAUAUGAAUAGCUCUUCAACCGAUGAUACAAUGAGAUUGGCCGCAAUCACAAGGAAAACUGCACCUCCCUUGAAUUUGGAACGUGAACGCCGUAUGGAGGAAUUAUGUUGGUAUUUUCUUUUUCCAAAUGGCAGGAAUGGCUUUGGCGAGGAAAGAGAAAAUGCGUGUACCCCCCUUGAUUACUUUCAAAACCGGGUAAUGAGUAUUGACAAGAGGUUCAACAGAAAUGAUUAUUUAUUUUAUGCUCUAUCCAUUGUUGAAUAUUUUCGUGCAAAAUCAAGCGUAUCUGUGUCAUGUAGGAUGCGACAAGGUCAUGGAGAGCAAACACCACAGGGACUUGUAGAUAAUAUGCAUCUCACUAUGAGAAAUAUUCGAGGAUCGGCAUCAUAUUGGCAGAAAUGUUGCUCUGAAUUGAUUGCCAUGGUUAGAACUUUAGGGCCUCCCACAUGGUUUUUAACAUUUUCUUGCAAUGAUUUAAAUUGGCCAGACAUGAUAAAAGCCUUGUUUAUCGCUGAUGGACGUGAUAUCGAUGACGUCGAUCGCCUGUCAUUCCCGGAGCGCUUGAACCUAGUGCAAAAACAUCCGGUAGUGUUAGCACGACAGUUCACAGUACGUGUUAACGCUCUCAUGCGAUUCUUAAAGAGAAAUAAAGAUUGCUUGGGUGGUCUUAUUGAAGAUUUUUGGUACCGAGUGGAGUUUCAAAACCGCGGUAGCCCACAUCUGCAUAUGUUAGUCUGGUGUAGUAAUGUUCCGAAUUUCACCACUCCAGAAGAAGUUGCUGUAAUUGAAAGGGUGGUUUCAUGUUCAUUAACUCCUAAUGACCUUGUGUUGCGCAAAUUAGUUGAGGAUUUACAGAUUCAUAAACACACUGCGACAUGGAAAAAAAAUCGCCAAACUGAUGGUUGUCGAUUUGAUUUUCCAAAGCCAGCAAGUGUUAACACCGUUUGUCUUGGUCCAGAUGAAGCACUUGCUAACAAUGGACGAUUUUGUAUAUUGAAACGAACCUCAAAUGAAACCAUGGUAAACAAUUACAAUGCAGUUCUUUUAAAUCUAUGGAAGGGAAAUAUUGACGUGCAACCGUGUGGUAAUGUCACCGCUGUGGCCUCCUACGUCGCAAAAUAUGCCAGUAAAUGCGAACCACAUGACACAGGUGAUGUAAUUCGAGAAGCUAUUUCGAAUGCUAAGAGUUGUCUCUUUGGUUGGUGGUGGUGA